GCGACAGGAGUUAAAAUGGCGGCGCCCAUGUUUGGCAUGUUUUCAAAACAAUAACAAUCUACAUGUUCUUGUGUCUCCUCUGAAAACCCUGACAGACAACCAUGUAUGCACGAAUACCUGCCCCUAGUGAUUUAUAUGGCGAAUCUGGAUCAAAUAAAUCAGACGAAGAUACAACGUGUGCUGAAGCGAAAAGUGAAGAAAGUGACAGUUUUCUGAAAAUUGAAAAAACCGGGACCACAGCCGAAUCUUGUUUGAGGAUUGAAGAUCGCCAAAGCAAACCAAAGAACAUUUCUCAGCAUUUGUGGGAGAAGUUUAAAGUUUUACAGAAGAGAACUGAUGAUGCCACGAGACGAUCCACUGAGAAGAGGAUCAAACAUCUUCAGAGAGAAACACUUGCUAAAGUUCAGGAGGAAAUAACCAAUCCUGAUGAUAUUGACAUUUUGCGAGAACAUGAUGUACGACUUGGGCCACCAGUUAUAAGAAAUCCUGAGAAAACACCAUCAGGCCAAAAGAGGAAAAAUGAAGACAAGCCAAGUGACGCUCCUUCCACGUCGACCAGCAAUGCAGAGUGGCUGGAGGUGCGAGACUUGCUGACCGUCAAUGACCAUCUGAAGGGAGUGGAUCCUGGGAAGCAUGCCCCCAAAACCCAGCUGGAGAAGAACGUGGAUGCAGCCAUUGCUGGUGGAGAUUUGGAGGAGGCGGAAGAGCUCAGUGAUCGGCUUGCCACACGAGAGUUUGGAAAGAAAAUUGCUGAUGCUAUGGAUGCGAGAAACUACCUGAGAGACAAACAGAAAGAGGCUGAGACAGAUAAAGCCAAGAAAAAGAGGAAGUUAAACUGGGGAUUUGAACACAAGCAGCGAUGGGAGACAAAGGGAAAUAUGUAGGAGGAAGCAAUGCAUGCUGGGAUUGAGACAUCUGUUGCCAUGGUUACAUUGCAUUUUGUUUUAUCUGUGUGCCUCACCUUGGAAUCAUGUACAAAACAUGUUCAGUCUGUGGUUGUUCAUGGACAAUGAAUCCAUUUCUUCAUAAAAAUAUAAUUUUCUUUUUUUUAGAUAUUUAUCAUGUUGUUUUCUAGAUCUGAAUAACCAUGUAUUUCUUAGAAUAGAAUUACAAAUAAAAACAUACAAAACAA